AUGUUCAGCAAGCUCACCAUCGCCAUGGCCAUGGCUUCGGCCGUUACCGCGGCCCCUGCCCUCGGCCGCCGUCAGGAUCCCUGCCAGGACGCCUACAAGGCCUGCAUCGCCGCGGGAACCCCAGAAGUCGCCUGCUCAUGCACCCUCACCGCGUGCGUCGGUGAGGACAACGCUCGCAACCGCGAGUACUGCGCCAGCGCUACCGCCAACUUGCCCCAGCCUACAUCCACCGGCAUCCCCGGCGGCUGCAACCCGGCCCAUCCCGGAUCCUGCCCCUCGUCUUACUUCACCUACCCCACCCUCUCCGCCUCCGCCGCGCCGAGCUUCACCUCCAUCGCCGGCAUCCCCGGUGGCUGCAACCCGGCUCACCCCGGAUCUUGCCCGUCGUCCUACUUCACCUACCCUACUGCAUCCGCCUCCGCUGCCCCGACCUUCACCUCCAUCGUCGGCAUUCCUGGCGGUUGCAACCCGGCGCACCCGGGAUCCUGCCCCUCCUCGUACUUCACCUACCCGACCCUCUCCGCCACCGCCGCCCCCGCUCCCGCCCCUACCGCCGGCUCCGGCAGCUCUGCCGGCUACGCCGACCCCAAGCCGGUCGAGGGCAAGAAGUGGACCGUCAAGGACCUGACCCGCUACUGCGGCGAGGACAACUCCGGCUGCGACUACAACUUCAAGAUCGAGGCCGACGGCAAGACGGAGGCCUGCACCGUCAUCCGCAUGCCCGGCAAGGACGCCGCCACCGAGAGCUGGUCCGACCAGCCCUGCACCUCCGGCUCCGGCUUCAAGAUCUCGUGGGGCUACGUCGCCGAGCCCGCCCCGGCCUUCGCCGUCGUCACCGUCGUCAGCGGCAAGGAGCUCGCCUGGUUCGGCGUGUCCGACGUCAACGGCCAGCCGGUCACCACCGCCCCCUCGAACCCCUUCGGCUCCGGCCAGUUCGGAAACCUCGGCCCCGAGCAGGUCUACAGCUACUAG